GAGUUGUCUGUUAUUGGAUCUUCAAUGCAGAUCAAGGAGCUCUUGCCUCUUUACAGAAAGUUUGUGGAUCACAGGAAACUGCCAGAGCUCAAGAUGUACGAUCUUUCACUAUUUCAAGGGAGGGCUGAACAAAAUGAGGAUCAUAAGCUUGGUGAAUUGGGGAAGAAGAUUAAGCAAGAUCUUGACGAUGCAAAAGUUGCAGCAGAAGAAAAACAGAACUUGUAUGAUCAGUGUGUCAGCUCUGUUGCACAGCUGGCGAAGUCAAUCAAGUAGCAUGACAAUAGUCGGGAAACAAGGGUUAAUGAUCUAGCGAAAAAGGUUAAGAAGACAAAGGCCCAAAUGCAGUCAGCUUCAAAGGAUCUCAAGGUCAGGAACGCUUUCUUUUUUCUGCCGGAUUGCUAUUGCAUUGUUAACUUGUACCAACCAAAAGUCUGAUACUGUGAAAUGCUAAGACUUCUCUAACUGAAUAACUGCAUCGAGUUGUAACAUGUUCUGUCUUGUUAAUAGGCGCAUGAGCAUGAAAGAGAGAGAAUGGUUUUGGAACGUGAAGUAGUCAUCAAAGAGCAUGCGUCAUUAGAGAGUCAAUCAGCUUCUCCUUGAAGGCACAAAUCAAUAGUCUUGAUGUUGAAGUAGAAGAACAAAAAGCCAAGGUAAUAUCUAGACCUGGUUCAGGCUCUGUUACAUGUAUUAUGUACAUAAUUGCAGGAGUAUUUGAACAAGGCUACUGUUGCAGGUAACAUCCAUACAUGGUAAUUGUGAUAGUGCUCAAUCUGAGCUUGAUUCUGUCCGCCAUAAGAUGAAAGAGUAUGACAUCCAAGUUAGUAGCAUUGUCAAGGAACAGCUAAAGCGGCUGCACAAAAUUACUGAGAUCAAGCUUGAGCAAAAGAAGUUGGAAAAUGAGGUAAAUCUGUGUUCGCACUGGUACUUUGCAUGCCCAAUGAUCUAAAACAUGAAAAGAAUGGAAAUGGAACACAAGGAUUGCUCUACUAGAGUUGAGAAACUGCUGGAGAAGCAUGCCUGGAUUGUAACUGAGAAUCAGUUAUUUGGAAGAAGAGGAACUGAUUAUGAUUUUGAAUCACGUGAUCCUCAUAGGGCUAGGGCGGAACUGGAGAAGCAGAGCAAUCAGGGCGAGUAAAGGGUUAUUGCGACAGUGCAUUCUAUUAUUUAACCUCAGGGUUAAUAAUGUGAAAGCAUGCAACUUUUUACCUACCUUCCUGCAUAAGAAUAACUAGCCUUCUGUUUAGUGCACAACACAUGCUUUUCUGCAGACUUUAGAUGUGCAUGUUCUAUUACCUAGUGAUGCUUGUUCCUUAGUAUUGCUUUUUUUAAUAUGAACCUACUGUAGUUUGGAGAAAAGGUGAACAAGAAAGUUAUGGCGAUGUUUGAGAAAGCUGAUCUGUUAGUUCCUUGUUUUUUCAUUAGACUGAUUAAUCACCUAUGCUUCUUUGCGAUGAAUGGAAUCUUUGCUUUGAAGUCUUAUUGCAUUUUUGGUGUUUCUAGCAUGAGUUUUGAUUAACCUGAAACAUCAUUGAAAUUAAUUUCAGCCAAAUGCUUCGAUGAGGGGUCAUGUUGAUGAAUUUCUAGAUGUCCAUUGAAGAUGCCGGAUGCUUAGAAUAAGCCUGGGAAUAACAA